CUCGACCACACGUUCCCAUGCUCAUGUCGGAGAGAGUGAACCCGGAGCGGAACUGCUCAUCCGUUGUACACAUGAGUCGAGAGCGAUACUGUCCCUUGGACAUUUCACACGGUAACACGUACGAUCAAGAAGGUGGAGUACGAAAUCCGCUCCGCUCCGCUCUGCCUCGCCUUCUUCUUUCUUGCUCCGCGCUCGCUCGCCAGAGCUAUAUUUACACCCGAUGCUCUGCUUCACUUCACUUGCCCGCUCCGCUCCGAGCUCCCAGCUUCAUUCAGCUCGCCAUAGCUUCCCCCUGCGCACUGUACUGUUUGUAAGAUGCAUCCUACAGCACGCGCCAUAGCGCCACACUACCUCCUCCUCCUCUUCGCCAGCUUCUUCCUCCUGCUGCGCUCCCCGUCGCCCGUCGCGGCCGCCGGCGACGUCGCCCUCCUCCUGGACAGGCUCAAGCCCGCGCUGCAGGGCGCCGCCCCCAACGCCGAGCUCGCCACCUGGAACGCCUCCACGCCCCUCUGCCUCUGGCGCGGCCUCCGCUGGUCCACGCCCGCCGGCCAGCCGCUCCGCUGCGACACCGUCGCCGCGCGGGCCAACCUCUCGCUCGCCAGAGACGCCACCCUCCUCCUGUCCUCCAUCCGCCUCCCCGCCGCCGCGCUUGCCGGCCGCCUCCCGCCGGAGCUCGGCGCCUUCCCGUCCCUCGAGUCCGUCUACCUCGCCGCCAACUCACUCUCCGGCGCCAUCCCGCUCGAGCUCGGCAACGCGCCCGCGCUGUCCGAGCUCGACCUCGCCGGCAACGCCCUGUCCGGCGCGCUCCCGCCCUCCAUAUGGAACCUUUGCGACCGCCUCGCCGAGCUCCGCCUCCAUGGCAACGCUCUCACGGGGGCGAUCCCCGCGCCGGCGGGACCCAACGAUACUUGUGAUGGUCUCCACCUUCUUGAUCUCGGCGCCAACCGCUUCUCCGGCUCCUUCCCGGCCUUCCUGACGGGCUUCCGUGGCCUCCAGCACCUCGACCUCGGCGGCAACCACCUCUCUGGAGACAUACCGGAGUCCGUCGCUGCGAUGAGAGGCCUCCAAAUGCUCAACCUUUCUUACAAUAACUUCUCCGGUCAGCUGCCUCCGGGCUUCGCCGGCUCGAGAUUCACCGCAGAAUCGUUCCUAGGGAACAGCCCGGCGCUGUGCGGCCCGCCGUUACAGCAGCCGUGCGUGUCCCCUUCGGGCCUCAGCUCCGGCAGCGUCGCGGGGAUGGUCAUCGGGCUAAUGGCCGGUGCUGUCGUGGUGGCAUCGGUGUCCAUCGGGUGGGCGCAGGCGAGGUGGAGGCGGAACAGGGUAAGGCGAGCGGCGGAGGAGGGGGUGGAGACGGAGGAAGGCGGCGAGGGCGACAGCGAGGGGAAGCUGGUGGUGUUCCAGGGCGGGGAGCACCUGACGCUGGGGGAGGUGCUGAAUGCGACGGGGCAGGUGGUGGAGAAAGCGAGCUACUGCACGGUGUACAAGGCGAAGCUGGCGGACGGCGGCGGCAACAUCGAGCUCCGGCUGCUGCGCGAGGGGAGCUGCAAGGACGCGGCGUCGUGCGGGCCGGCCGUGCGGCGCAUCGGCCGCGCGCGGCACGAGAACCUGGUGCCGCUCCGGGCCUUCUACCAGGGCCGGCGCGGAGAGAAGCUGCUCGUGUACGACUACUUCCCCCAUCGGACGCUCCAUGACCUCCUCCACGGCGGCCUCGAGAGCAGGCCGGUGCUGACAUGGCCGCGGCGGCACAAGAUCGCGCUGGGCGCGGCACGCGGGCUGGCGUACCUACACGAGGGCCGGCACGGGGACGGGCCGGUGGUGCACGGCAACGUGAGGUCCUCGAACGUGCUGGUGGACGAGUACUUCGUGGCGAGGGUGGCCGAAUACGCGGUGGUGGGCAGGCUGCUGGUGCCGUCGGCGGCGGAGGCUGUGCUGUCGGCGGCGAAGGCGGACGGGUACAGGGCGCCGGAGCUGCAGACGAUGAAGCGGUGCGCGCCCCGGACGGACGUGUACGCGUUCGGGAUACUGCUGCUGGAGCUGCUGAUGGGGAAGAAGCCCUCCUCGGCGGCGAACGGAGGCGACGACCUGCCGUCGCUGGUGAAGGCGGCGGUGCUCGAGGAGACGACGACGGAGGUGUUCGACCCGGAGGUGGCGAAAGGCGUGCGGAACCCGGCGGAGGAGGGCCUCGUGCAGGCACUGAAGCUGGCGAUGGGCUGCUGCGCGCCGGUGGCGGCGGCGAGGCCGAGCAUGCCGGAGGUGGUGCGGCAGCUCGAGGAGAACCGGCCCAAGAGCAGCCGGUCGGCGCUGUACAGCCCCGCCGAGACGAGGAGCGAUGCCGGCACGCCGCAAUACAGCUAGCAUUUACGAAGCUUAAUGAAUGUGUCCAUGAUGGUCUUCUUGUACCUAUGGUCGAUCGCCAUACCGGCAAACAUUGAUUGAUCUGUUUCUGCUUUGA